AUGAACGACCAGCAGGAGCCCCGUUACCACGAGGAUCUGGACUUGGUAAACUUGCCAGAGACGGUGGGUGGCUCGGAGACGAGGCGGUAUCUGAACCAGCACGUCGUACCCGAGCUGCUCAAGGGCAUGAGACUGAUAGCGACUGAGAAGCCUCGAGAUCCGCUGCGAGUGCUGGGCGAGUAUCUGGUGAAGAAGAGCGAGCAGUCUUCGAAGGACUGA